UUUCCUCUAACACUGUACACUACCCCCAUGUUUCACAGGGGUGGCAGCAGAGUGUGUGUCUGCCGGUAUUGAGGACAGAGAAGAAGAAGGGUGAGCGGAGCCGGAAGGACAGUCUGACAGAAGGACGUAGCCGUGCUGUGUUUAGCUCAGGAAAGAUGCUGACCAAUAUCUCUAAUGUGCUGAGGGCCACCGCUCAGAGAAAUGGAGCUGUAGCGCUUGUGUCAGCACGAACAUAUGCUGACUUCACAACUGAGGCUUCCUUUGAAAUAAAGAAAUGUGACAUCCACAAGCUGGAGGAGGCCCCGGCCACUCAGGUGGUUAUGACCCGUGAUGAGGGUUUGCAGUACUACCGCGUCAUGCAGACCAUAAGGCGUAUGGAGCUGAAAGCGGAUCAGCUGUAUAAGCAGAAGAUCAUCAGAGGAUUCUGUCACUUGUAUGAUGGCCAGGAGGCCUGUGCAGUUGGUAUUGAAGCAGGAAUCAAUUUGACAGACCAUCUGAUCACUGCGUACCGCGCUCACGGCUACACUUACACCAGAGGGGGGACUGUGAAGCAGAUCAUGGCUGAGCUCACCGGCAGAAGAGGAGGUAUUGCAAAGGGCAAAGGAGGCUCCAUGCACAUGUACACCAAAAACUUCUAUGGAGGAAAUGGAAUUGUCGGAGCUCAGGUUCCUCUCGGUGCUGGUGUGGCUCUGGCCUGCAAGUAUCUGGAGAACAACCAAGUGUCUGUCAGUCUGUAUGGUGACGGUGCUGCCAACCAGGGUCAGAUUUUUGAAGCCUACAACAUGGCAGCCCUUUGGAAGCUGCCUGCCAUCUUCAUCUGUGAGAACAACAGGUAUGGCAUGGGCACGUCAGUGGAGCGCUCUGCUGCCAGCACAGACUACUACAAGAGAGGAGACUACAUUUCUGGACUCAGGGUGGAUGGGAUGGAUGUUCUCUGUGUUCGGGAAGCAACCAAAUUUGCAGCAGAUCACUGCAGAGCUGGCAAGGGUCCCAUUCUUAUGGAGCUUCAGACCUACCGCUAUCACGGACACAGCAUGAGCGAUCCCGGUGUCAGCUACCGCACACGUGAGGAGAUCCAGGAGGUCCGUGGCAAGAGUGACCCCAUCUCCCUGCUGAAGGACCGCAUGCUCAGCAACAACAUGGCCAGCAUCGAGGAGCUCAAGGAGAUUGACGUGUCGGUGAGGAAGGAGAUUGAAGACGCUGCUCAGUUUGCUACAACAGACCCCGAGCCUCCGCUGGAAGAAUUGUGCAACCACAUCUUUUACAAUGACUCCCCCAUGGAGGUGCGCGGCACGAACCCGUGGACCAAGCUGAAGUCUGUUAGCUAAAGUUUUUUCAUUCUCUCUUAUCAUCAGGUCCUCCACCAUAUGAUCUGCCCAGCCGCUCAAUUACACGUACACAUUAUAAUCAAACCAACGCCUCACACAGUAAAUAGAUUUUCAUUCACAAAGAUGUUCUGAGAAGAUUCAUCAAAACAUCUGUAAUGAUUGAAGCAACCUUGUGAACAUCUCUACUUCAGUGAGGCCAUAUACUCAUGAAAUUCUGUCCCAUAUUUAUUCAUAUCUUUUGUAAAAUGUUAAUGUGAUAUUACCAAUUUGCAAAACCACCACAAUAACGAUCAUUUAUUUAAUGUUUAGUAAUUAAAUGUGCCAUCCUUGACCCUGGUGGAUUAUUUAAAGUCCCCACCUUAUGAAUGAACUUACAUAUUUAGAUUUUAAAAGGGAAGCUUAAGACUUUACUUUAGCUACUGUUCCCAGGAUUAUUGGGUUUCUGAACAUUCAUUGGAAAGUUUUGCAAAUCUGGCCCUGAGCUGAAAAUUUUUUGUCAAAACUAAAUUAGCUUGUUUGAUCAUUCUCUCUGGUGACUUUUGAGGUGUAAGGAAUUAAAAACAACGACCUUCCACCACUCCGCUCAUCUCAUAAAGAUCAUUCAGUUUGAGUCACCUCAUUCGGGACUUUUAUUCCUUCAAUAAAACCUCUUGUUACAAAGACACCAUAAAGGGCAGCAGGUUAGACACUGCCAUCAUUAAAAAAGAUCCUCAAUCUGGCCCCUUUUUUAGUUUUUCAAUAUGUUUUAUGUAAGAGGGGGCGAAUAAUACCAAGGGAAGGGUUUGAAAUAUUUAAUUUUAUCUUGCCAAACGUGCCUGGCAGAUCUUGUGUUGGUAUCGAAUGUGUAGUCUCAUGUUUGUGUCUCACUCAAAUCUGAGUAGCUAACUGCAUCUGAGCAGACAUGUGUUUGGAGACACCUCUACAGAGUGUGUUUCAUGUGUUUAUUUUGAAGAUACUCAGGUGUCUGGUUUCAUUUUCAUGAUACAAACAAACCAUUUGGAAAGACUAUUAUUCAAUGACUAAUGUAAAUGUGUGUAAAUACUUACACUCACUUACUACAAUCUGUAACAUCUAUUGCAGUAGGUUUCCAGAUCAAACAGAGGUGCUGGGGGAAGUAUUGUCAGGCUUGCGGAUUCAUGUGCUACUUGUUUUUUGUGCUCGGAAGGUGUUAUGUGCUUUACGAACACAUCAGCAGUGGCACAUUAUUGGCUCAAAUGGAGAGCGAUUCACAGACAUUUUGAAUCUGUCGGUUUUAUCCUUGCAAAGAACUUGAACACAAUAAAAAGAAUCUGUUGUUUUUUCUCUGUAAUGUUAAAAAGUAUUAAUUCAAUCAAAUUCGAAGACUUUCAAUACCUGUCUUAAUACAACAGAUGCCCACAUUCUGAGUAUUUAUGUAGUGAACUGUUACAUUGAGGGUGGAAGAAGACGAAGGGAAAUGCUCCGUGGAAACAUUGUUUUUAUGUGCACCACUGCAAUAAAAAGACUGUAAGAUACUGUAA